AUGGCAAAGGAGAGCGUAUUUCAGGAUCUCCUGGAAAUCCUGAGGAGCACCUCAAGUGAGAUUGAGCAGGCCUGUGAGGGCUCCUGUGAACUGGUGGAUCUCAGCUCCUGCCUGCUGCUCGUAGCAGAGUGCUACAGGUGCCUGAGGAAUGCCUGCAUUGAGUGUGCCAAAAAUCAACGUGCCAUCAGGAACUUGGGUCUCAUCCCUACGUCUGUCCAUUUGAUCAAAUUGCUUCAUGGAAUACAAAUCAAAGGAGAAUUGUUAUUGACUGCUCUUCGUUGUAGUCUCCAGUUUCUUGGAAACAUUGCAGCAGGAAAUGGAGAUUCCCAGAAUAGCAUCUGGAAGUGUGCUUUCCCAGAUCUCUUCUUGACAUGCCUAACAUACAGAGAUGAGAAAGUUGUUGCUUAUUGUUGUAUGGUCCUCUUCACCUGCCUUAAUUCAGAGAAAGUGCCUGAGCUGCUGGAUCCUGGGAACUUGCCUGUGGCUCUUCAUGUCCUGAAAGUCUACAAAGAGCAGUUGGAGUCUGAGUGGUCGUUCUUGAUUAUUACAGACCAUUUGCUGAAAUGUCCAGAGUUGGUAGAAGCCCUUUAUGCCAAACUGAGCAAUCAAGAAAGGGUUACUUUUUUAGAGCUAAUGAUGGCAAAAGUAAGUGAGAAGAACCCAGCUACCAGUGAGGAAAUGAAUUUAUUCAUGAGACUUGCUGACUUCCUUGCAGGCUGUUUCCAAGAGAAGUGUCAAGUUGUGCUCAAGUUCACUUCUGGAGCAGAUGCAGGAGAUGAG